UUUCUUCAUUAUUAUGUUUCAAAGAGAGUAGAAAACGAAAGAAAUUGUGUUCCCCCAAAACCAAAACCCUUUUUCACCUGAACAAAUACAAUUAUCACUUCUACUACUACUACUAUUAAACUUGAAACAAAUUCAUUCAACCGCCAUUUUUGUUCUUCAACUUUUUCUCUCAUCGAUAUCAAAUUUGAUUGAUCCUUAAUUUCUUCGGCUAUGGCGGACGAGCAGGAGGAGAGAGAAAUCACAGUUUCGACGAGGGAGACGACGAUACCUUCCGGCGACGGCACUGUUUGGGCUGACAUUUCUCAUCUUCUUUCUUCCGCUUGCAAUGGAAGGUUUUAUCAUCUUACUGAAGCCAUUGCAAAAAAGUUGUUGAUGCAGUUGAUCGUAGAUGAAAAAAACUUCGUGAUGGUGAGAUGGUACAUGGUGACAAUUUUAGUCUCUUCGCUGCCAUGUCUGCCUUAGAGAUUAUGGACCCAAAGAUGGAUUCAGGCAUGGAAAAUGGCCAAUAUCAUUCCAUUGACGAGGCCAUAGAGGGUGGCGCAGCUCCAGUUCCAUUAAGUACUGAUAAAACAGAGGAUGUUCUCUGCAUUUUAGAUAUCAUGGAUCACCUGCUUGCAUGCGAGGCCACAUGGCACAAGGGUCAUUCAUUGGCACAAACUGUCUUCUCUUGCAUUUACCUUCUGCGUCUUGAUCGUACUUCAUCACACCCGCUGUUACAUUCUUUUUUUAGAAUAGUUCGUGCAACAUGCAAUGCCGUGAUAGCAGUUGUUUCAGAGGCACGCACACAUGAAGAAGAAGAUUUGUUCACAAUGGCUUAUGGUCUUCCUUUGGGUGGAGAAAAAGAUGAAAGAUUCUUGUCUACUCUAAAUGCUGUAGAGGAGACUCUUUGUCGACAACUACGUGCUUGUAAAUCUCCAGCUGCCAAAAAGACAGCAGUAGAAGAUCAAGAACCAUUGCAAACUAAUCCAGAUCUGGAGGAGGGUUUUUGCCGAGCUCUGUUGUGCCGUUUACGAUUUCGUAAGCAUUACUACCACAUUCUUAUGUGUAUGAGGAGACCCCAAGGCAGAGGCUUUGAAUUGGCAAAAAAACAUAUAUCAUCUUGCUUAAUAGAGGUGGAACACAUGCGAAAAUCUGCUGAUUUCCUGAGGUCUAUAGGAUGCUUGACAUGCAAAGAUGCAGCACCAGUGGAAACUACAGCUUCUAGUCGUCAUCCUGUUGGAUUUGAUGCCAAUUUAAACGCUAGAACAUCAGCUCCUGCUCCUCCUCGUGCAAUUAAAACUUUAAGUUGGGAUAUGGCUUUGGAAUAUUUCAAAAAGCUUCUCCAAGAUCUAGACAUUAUAUGUUCAUUCUCAUUGGACCCAUUGCUAGAAAAAGUCUUGCAGUUUAUUGUUGAAUUCCAAAAACUUCAACCAGAUCUUGUUGCCAGAGCACAUCUUCAGGCUCUCUUGUUUCAAGAAGGGAAGUUAUAUGGGCGGGAUCCUAUCUUUCUUGUCAUCUGUAAAGCCUCCGCUUUACCUGAAUCUAUGAAGGACAUUGAUAUUCAAAAGAAUGAAGCUGUUGUACAGUUAGGACAGUUUUUGAUCAAUUUGCUCAGAAUCCUUUGCACGAAUGUUGCAUGGCAAAGGCGUAAACUUGGAAAAGUCUUACAAGAUUGGCGUGUUAUCUAUGUCCAGCUGGAACUUGCUUUCAGGGAACAGUUUGGAGAAUUGUCUGGCAUGUCUGAUGAGAAUGUAUGCAUAAGACUUGCCAGACACGUUCUCAUUUGGGUGGAGGAGCAAACCUAUUGGAUUGCUUUGCGGUUUCUUUCCUUGGGCUUUGAUUUGGAUCUAUAUUCCUCCAAUGAGUAUUGCAUGGUAUACUGGUACCUUUAUGUCGUACUGGUGAAGCUUGCAGAGAAAACACAUUUGAAGCAGCUGUCAGCUGCUGACUCAGCAGCUAAACGUAAAGGGAAGAAAAAAAGAGACUCGGUGGUGGAUACAAAGGAUUACCGCAUCCCGCCAGCUGUAAUGUUGCUUCAAUGUUAUAUUUGUCUUGCUGAAGGACUUGCAAUGAUCUUGCAGAUGCUUGCUGCGCUCAGAAAUGAACUAAAGCUCUUCCAGCAUGUGGGCCCUUUUAAUACUGAAUAUGAGAGAUUUUCUCAACACUUCGAGCAUUUACAAAAAGCUUGCCUACCAGAUCACAUUUCUUACCAUUCGUUCAAGGAUUAUACUGCCCAAGCUCGACUUUCUACACUUGUUAUGUAUAAUCACUUCAAAGAUGCUCAGAAGAUUGUGAAGGAACUUAAGAAGAGUUUUGCUAGUGACUCUGAUAAGAUGGCUGAACUCCGAUGCAUUGAACAGGUCGCGGAGCGCAACAGUAUUGCUCUAAAUGUGAUUAACCGUGUUGGAGUCCUUGACUCGACUCUUAAGAUCUCGUUAGAGUUUACAUAUCAUCCCAAUUUUGCUGUAGCAGUAGUUAAAAGAUCAUAAAAAUUAAACUCCCAAGAAUCUUGUGUUUUCUCUGGUAACUUAAUAAUCUUGAUAGUAGUGUGUCCAAUUCUGUCCAUUAUCAUUUAUUGUUUGAUCUCAGUGGUAAAGAACAAGUUGUAUGUAUAUUUCAUUUUUUAUAUUUAUUGAAACUUAUAGUGAAUUUGCAAUGCA